GGACUACCCGGCGAGAGAGAUGACCUUCGUGUGCGAGGCCGCCACCGCCAUGUGUCCGUCCGUACUGAUGAGUGGCAGCACGACACCAGGGUUCCGUAUGAUGGAGCUGUUCGGCUUGGUGGAGAACCGGUACAAUAGCCUCUCUGGAGUCUCCAUGGUCCCUGGCACCUUCAACACCUUCCCCUCUUUCCACCUGCACAGCAACGCGUUCCUGGCACAGCUGACCAAGUUCCUCCACCCUGAAGGUCUGCCGUCCGACUACACCAUCACCCUGCUGUUCAGGCUGCUGCCCGAUACUCCAGAGGAGCCCUUCGCCCUCUGGGAGAUCCUCAACCAGAACAACGAGCCGCUGGUGGGAGUCAUCGUGGACAGUGAGUCUGAGGUCUCUUACGUCUAG